AUGGAGAAAGUAGCCUCGGCAAACUCCUUUCUCCCCAUGCCCCGUGUGCCACAGAGGGCUGAGCCCCAGACCCUCCACCCUGGCACAGAAGACGACCAACCCUCCUCCAGCCUCAGACCGGCACCUGCCACACCCACCUCGCCCUCCCCAUGCCCCCUGAGCCGGCUCCUGCUCCAGCAGCAACCCAGGACCCCUGGAUCAGCCGUGAAAUCUAAGGUCAAGGCCCUAUCUGAGCACAAAAAGGCAGCCUUCAAGGCUGGCAUGGCUAAGAAGGCCUGUCCUGUGCCCUCCUCCCUAUUCAGUCCCUCACUUGUGAGCUGGGGCUCCAGCAGUAGCGACGACGAUGCAGAGUCCCAGGGUUACACAUUCCGGCCAGUUGUGCCUGACAGCCUGAUAGAGGAGGCAGGGAUGGCUGGGUCGGACAUCAGCCUGCUAGCACUCCCACGCAGCCUGGGCGAGGGCUCCAGCCUGGAGAACCUCUCUGACGUUAGCGCCAACGCUAGUCCCCUGGAGGAUAACGUUAGUGCCGCUAACAUGGCUAAACCCUGGGUCCCUCCCAAGGGCUUCUGGAAGGCCACCAGGCCCGAAACGCUGCUGCUGACCGAGGACAAGCCUCCGGCCCCAGACAGGCCCUCGAUCAGGGCCCCUGGGGGCCAGCAGAGGAAGGCCAAGGGGCACAGCAGGGUGUGCAGGGAGCUGCUACGCAGGGACAGCCUGGAGGGUCUGAGGCGGUGUAUGGGCGUGCUGGGGUCCCAGGGGGCAACGGUUGGCCUGUGGAGGGCCGACAGCCUGGAGAGUGUGUGCAGCAACGGGAGCUCCAUAUCUCUGGCAGAGAGGGUGGAGAUGAACCGGGGCCUCCUCAAGCAGAUGCUGAACAAGAGCCAGGGACCGGAGCCAGGGGCCAAAGAGCAGAAGGCAGAGGAGGUGGCCAUAUGCAACGGAAGAGGUACAGUAAAGAGCUAAAGAUGCUGGGCCUCUAUUCUCCACCAUAUACCAACCACUAGUAAAAAAAUAUAUAUAACAUCAUUGUUGAAUGAGUUUCUCCCCUAACAUCCAGUAGCACCCUCUGCUUCUAUUUUCAGGUUCAGUACACUACCUUUUCAGACUGUUAGCUAACAUGAUCAAAACCUUGGAUUAUAUUAGCGAAUGUUAGCAAAUGUGUUAGCCUUGUUUAGCAUACCUUCAGAUAACAAUAAUGAGAUUACAGUCAAUAGAGACACUAGAGUCUAGACAAUAAAGAUUUUUGGCUCCUAGCCCUCUUAAACCUCAGUGAUGUAUGGGAUUUACCUGAGACAGACCUGAUCUAUUCGCACGGCCAGGUGGAGAGUACAUUUCCACUACAGGGAUAUUCUUGCCACAGACACCUCACCUAUGCCAUUUUGAUGAGGCUUAAAGGUCCAGUGCAGUCAAAAACAUGAUUUCCCACACUAUGAGGUUGGAAUAAUAUUGUGAAAUUGUGAAAAUGUUUAUAAUCCCCUUGUUGUGUAAGAGCUAUUUGAAAAGACCGCCUGUAAUUUCAGCCUGUUUUGGUGGGAUGGAGUUUUGGCCUGCCUAGUAACAUCACCAGGUGGUAAAUUAGUUAAUAGACCUAUAAGAAAAAGUUCCAAAUCUCUCUGCUAAUAUCAGCUAGUUUUCAGUUUUCCCCUCCCCACUCAGACCACACCCAGACAGUCCUAGCAAAACUUGCUUGAGAAAUUGCUGUUUGCUAAAAAGCUAUUGUUUCUUUUUGACCAUUUGUAAUUGAAAAUAAUCACAGUAAGGUACUUAAUUGUUAACCAGAAAUGUCUGCAUUGGACCUUUUAAAACAAUCAAUGUAAUGUGAUAAAGGUAAAACAUUCCAAUGGAAAGUAGAGGUAAAAAAGAGCAAGGAGAAGGUGGGAGGGAGGGAGGGCGAUAAGUCUAUUUCUGACUGUUGACCAGAUGUUUAAUGAUCGUAAUGACUCUCUAAUUGCGACCGUCUCACAAACAAAAGUUGUCUUCCGCCUGUGGGUUGCUCUGUCCCUCACUCUCAUGGCCUCAAAUAUUUUCAUGCUAAAUUAAUCAAGCUUUUCAUAGACAAAGUGAAAAGUAAACAAAUAGGGAAAACUUAAUACAUCUUCCAUAUUUCUUGAUAUACAGUGGGUAUGAAAAUAUUCACCCCCCUUGGAUUUCUUCACAUUUUAUUGUGUUACAAAGUGGGAUUAAAAUUGAUUUAAUUGUAAUUUUUUUUGUCAGCAAUCUACCCAAGAUUAAUGAAAAAUUAAAUACCUUGAUUUAGAUAAGUAUUCACCCCUCAAUACAUGUUAGAAACACCUUUGGCAGCGAUUACAGCUGUGAAUCGUCUAGGGUAGGUCUCUAAGAGCUUUGCACACCUGUAUUGUGCAAUAUUUGCCCAUUAUUAUUCUCAGAAUAUUCAAGGUGUUGGAUCAUAGCUAGACAACAAUUUAAGUCUUGCCAUACAUUUUAAAGCAGAUUUACAGUGCAUUCGGAAAGUAUUCAGACCCCUUGACUUUUUCCACAUUUUGUUACGCUACAGCCUUAUUCUAAAAUGUUUUAAAUGAUUUGUUCCCCUCAUCAAUCUGCACACAAUACCCCAUAAUGACAAAUCAAAAACAGGUUUUUAUACAUUUUUGCAAAUGUCGUACAAAUAAAAAACAUACCUUAUUUACGUAAGUAUUCAGACCCUUUGCUAUGAGACUCGAAAUUGAGCUCAGGUGCAUCCUGUUUCCAUUGAUCAUCCUAAAAAACAGAAAUAUUACAUUUACAUAAGUAUUCAGACACUUUACUCAGUACUUUGUUGAAGCACUUUUGGCAGCGAUUACAGCCUCGAGUCUUCUUGGGUAUGACGCUACAAGCUUCACACACCUGUAUUUCGGGAGUUUCUCCCAUUCCUCUCUGCAGAUCCUCUCAAGCUCUGUCAGGUUGGAUGGGGAGCGUUGCUGCACAGCUAUUUUUAGGUCUCUCCAGAGAUGUUCGAUCGGGUUCAAGUCCGGGAUCUGGCUGGGCCACUCAAGGACAUUCAGAAACUUGUCCCGAAGUCACUCCUGCGUUGUCUUGGCUGUGUGCUUAGGGUCGUUGUCCUGUUGGAAGGUGAACCUUCGCCCCAGUCUGAGGUCCUGAGCACUCUGGAGCAGGUUUUCAUCAAGGAUCUCUCUGUACUUUGCUCCGUUCAUCUUUGCCUCGAUCCUGACUAGUCUCCCAGUCCCUGACGCUGAAAAACAUCCCCACAGAAUUAUUCUGCCACCACCAUGCUUUGCCGUAGGGAUGGUGCCAGGUUUCCUUCAGACAUGACGCUUGGCAUUCAGACCAAAGAGUUCAAUCUUGGUUUCAUCAGACCAGAGAAUCUUGUUUCUCAUGGUCUGAGAGUCCUUUAGGUGCCUUUUGGCAAACUCCAAGCGGGCUGUCAUGUGACUUUUACUGAGGAGUGGCUUCCGUCUGGCCACUCUGCCAUAAAGGCCUGAUUGGUGGAGUGCUGCAGAGAUGGUUGUCCUUCUGGAAGGUUCUCCCAUCUCCACAGAGAAACUCUGGAGCUCUGUCAGAGUGACCAUCGGGUUCUUGGUCACCUCCCUGACCAAGGCCCUUCUCCCCCAAUUGCUCAGUUUGGCCCGGCGGCCAGCUCUAGAAAGACUCUUGGUGGUUCCAAACUUCUUCUAUUUAAGAAUUAUGGAGGCCAAUGUGUUCUUGGGGACCUUCAAUGCUGCAGAAAUUGUUUGGUACCCUUCCCCAGAUCUGUGCCUCGACACAAUCCUGUCUCUGAGCUCUACGGACAAUUCCUUCGACCUCAUGGCUUGGUAUUUGCUCUGACAUGCACUGUCAACUGUGGGACCUUAUAUAGACAGGUGUGUGCCUUUCCAAAUCAUGUCCAAUCAAUUGAAUUUACCACAGGUGGACUCCAAUCAAGUUGUAGAAACAUCUCAAGGGUGAGCAAUGGAAACAGGAUGAACCUGAGCUCAAUUUCGAGUCUCAUAGCAAAGGGUCUGAUUACUUAUGUUAAUAAAGAAUUUCUGUUAUUUUUAAUAAAUUUGCAUUUAUUGGGGCAUUGUGUGUAGAUUGCUGAGGCAAAAUAAAUAUGUAAUACAUUUUAGAAUAAGGCUGUAACAUAACAAAAUGUGGAAAAGGUGUUGGGGUCUGAAUAUUUCCGAAGGCACUGUAAGCAAAACAAAAAUUACUUGGCCACUCAGGAACAUUCAGUGUCUUCUUGGCUUUGCAUUUAGGUCCCGUGUAGCUCAGUUGGUGGAGCAUGGCGUUUGCAGCACCAGGGUUGUGGGUUCGAUUCCCACGUGGGGCCAGUAUGAAAAAGUAUGUACUCACUGACUGUAGGUCGCUCUGGAUAAGAGCGUCUGCUAAAUGACUAAAAUGUAAAUGCAAAAAGUGUAUUCCUUUUCCAUGUUUCUUUCUUGAGUAUUACUUUAGUGAUACAGGAUGCAUGUUUUGGAAUAUAAUUAUUCUGUAUAUUUGUAUUCUUCUUUUCACUCUGUCAUUUAGGUCAUUAUUGUGGAGUCACUACAAUGUUGUUGAUCCAUCCUCAGUUUUUUCCCAUCACAGCCAUUGAACUCCGUAGCUGUUUUAAAAUCACCAAUGGUGGCAUCCCUGAGCAGUUUCCCUCCUGUCCUGCAGCUCAGUUCGGAAGGACGACUAUCUUUGUGUCUGGGUGGUUUAAUACAUAAUCCACAGCAUAAUUAUGAACUUGACCAUGCUUAAUCAAUCAAAUCAAUGAAUCACAUUUAUUUAUGAAGCCCUUGUUGUUUAAAUUCUACACAGGGACACUCUAAGUCAAUCUUAAAUGAAUCAUUGUUUAUGAACAGUUAACUGGAGAGGUUCCAACAAACUUGAUACACCAUAGUGAACGUCUGUCAGGAGCUCUGUCGGGGCAGUCCCGUUAGAUCUCUUAUAUACUUACACAGACAAGUUGUAUUUGCAUGAUUUAGCUUAUUCACUAUUGAUAAUUAAUUCAUCAUUAAAGUUUUGGUUCAUGCAUGUGACCGACCAACACCUCACAAGGCUUCUUCUCUCCAAGCUGAGACCUUGAAACUGAGAUAUCCUUUCGUUCUCAAAAGAAAGUUCUGGGUGUACUGCCAAAUUGCAGAUACUCAUAUUGAGGAUCCGUUCAAUCAGUCACUUGCAUGAACACAGAAAUUGGUUAUUGGAAAAGCACAAACAUAACAUUUUCCAUCACACCCUUUUUAUAUCAGCAGAUCAACAGAAACCCAGCCUAAAACCCCAAUCUGUAAGCAUUGCAGAUGAAGAAGCACGGUGGUUAGGAAAAACUCCCUAGAAAGGCAGGAACCUAGGAAGAAACCUAGAGAGGAACCAGGCUCUGAAGGGCGGCCAGUCCUCUUCUGGCUGUGCCAGUGGAGAUUAUAAGAGUGCAUGGCCAUUAAGACUAGGUCGUUCUUCAAGAUGUCCAAACAUUCAUAGAUGACCAGCAGGGUAAAAUAAUAAUCACAGUGGUUAUAGAGGGUGCAACAGGUCAGAACCUCAGGAGUAAAUGUCAGUUGGCUUUUCAUAGCCGAGCAUUCAGAGGUCGAGACAGCAGGUGCAGUAGAGAGAGCGAGAGGGAGAGAGAGGGUCAAAACAGCAAAGGGUCAAAACAGCAGGUCCAGGAUAAGGUAGCAGUUCCAGGCUUCUUCAAGAGAUAUUCAGUGUCUGAUUUGUUAUUGUUGCCCAUCUACAAAUCACUGCCCUUCUUUAUGAGGCUUUUGAAAAGCUCCCUGGUAUUUGUAGUUGAAAUUCAAUACUUGACUACAUUUUAGUCAUUUAGCAGACGCUCUUAUCCAGAGCGACUUACAGUUAGUGAGUGCAUAAAAUUUUUUUUAUCGAACCCACAGCCCAUACUGACUAAGCGGCCUUAUGUUGUAUGUAUGUGGGACAGAGGAACGGGUAGUCAUUCAGAAAUCAUGUCAACCCCUAUUAUUUCACACAGAGACCAUGUAACUUAUUAUGUGACUUGUUAAGCCUAGUUUUACACCUGAAAUAAUUUAGGCUAGAAAAACAAAGGAGGAGAAUACUUACACAACUAUUUUUUAUUAAUUUGUAAAAAUGUGUAAAAUUUCUUUUCACUUUGAAAUUAUGAAGUAUUUUGUGUAGAAAUCACAAUUAAAUCUAUUUAAAUCCCACUUCGUAAUGCAACAAAAUCCAAGGGAGGUGAAUACUUAUGAUACCCACUGUAUAUGGAAGAACCAAUAUUGUCUAUAUUGAUAUUGUAUGUCUAUUGUAAGACUGAAAGCGCGAACCACCGCAUUUAACCACGGCAAGGUGACUGUGAAUAUGAUCGAAUACAAACAGUCCAGUUAUUCCCUCCGUAAGGCAAUCAAACAGGCAAAACAUCAGUACAGAGACAACGUGGAGUUGCAAUUCAACUGCUCAGACACGAGACGUAUGUAGCAGGGACUCUAGACAAUCACUGAUUACAAAGGGAAAACCAGCAACGUCGCGGAAACACUGACGUCUUGCUCCCAGACAAGCUAAACACCUUCUUCUCCACUGACGCGGCCCGCUCCUAAGAACUGUGAGCUCUCGUUCUCCGUGGCCAAAGUGAGGAAGAUGUUUAAGCAUGUUAACCCUCGCAAGGCUGCCGGCCCAGAUGGCAUCCCUAGCCGCGUCCUCAGAGCAUGCGCAGACCAGCUGCCUGGAGUGUUUACGGACAUAUUCAAUCUCUCCCUAUCCCAGUCUGCUGUCCCCACUUGCUUCAAGAUGUCCACCAUUGUUCCUGUACCUAAGAAAGUGAAGGUAACUGAACUAAAUGACUAUCGCCCCAUAGAACUCACUUCUGUUAUCAUGAAGUGCUUUGAGAGGCUAUUUAAGGAUCAUAUCACCUCCACCUUACCCGACACCCUAGACCCACUGCAAUUUGCAUACCGCCCCAAUAGAUCCACGGAGGAUGCAUUUGCCAUCACACUGCACACUGCCCUAUCCCAUCUGGACAAGAGGAAUACCUAUGUAAGAAUGCUGUUCAUUGACUACAGCUCAGGACUUCCUGACGUGCCACCCCCAGGUGGUGAAGGUAAGCAAACACCUCCACUACGCUGAUCCUCAACACAGGGGCCCCACAAGGGUGCGUGCUCAGUCCCCUCCUGUACUCCCUGUUUAACCAUGACUGCAUGGCCACACACGCCUCCAACUCAAUCAUCAAGUUUGCAGACGACACAACAGUGAUAGGCCUGAUUACCAACAACGACGAGACAGCCAACAAGGGGGAGGUGAGGGCCCUGGCAGAGUGGUGCCAGGAAAAUUACCUCUCUCUCAACGUCAACAAAACAAUAGGGGACUUCAGGAGACAGCAGAGGGAGCACACACACAAAUCUAAAAGUAAAAUAAUGGAAUUAAGAAAUAUUUAGACAAGCAAUGUCGGAGUCCGGAGUAUAAAUAUAUAAUGUCCAAAUAUUUCUUAAUUCCAUUAUUUUACUUUUAGAUUUGUGUGUAUUGUUAGAUAUUACUGCACUGUUGGAGCUAGGAACACAAGCACUUCGCUACACCCGCAAUAACAUUUGCUAAACAUGUGUAUGCGACCAAUAAAAUCGGAUUUGAUUUGUGCUUUUUGUGUUGUAGUUUCUCGAGAAACAGAGACGGACGCAUUUCAAUAUUGGAGAGAAAUUCUACUUCAACCUGCUUAGCUACAGUUUUCAUCUCUCUCCACAGAUUUCAUUACCCUGAAUGACAUUGACUGGGACUCAGGCAUCUCCCUCCAAGACAGCGAGCACAGCCAAAGGUACAAUAGAACCUCCUGUAUAUGUCACGCCCUGGCUCUGGGGACUCUUAUAUGUUGAGCCAGGGUGUGGAUUUUCUAUGUGUUAUUUUCUAUGUUUCGUUCUAGUUCGUGUUUUCUAUGUUGGCCAGGGUGGUUCCCAAUCAGAGGCAGCUGAUUCUCGUUGUCUCUGAUUGGGAACCAUACUUAGGCAGCCUGUUGGCACUUUUGUUUUGUGGGAUCUUGAUCCGUAAGGUUUGUGUUUAACCCUAGGACUUCACGUAUCGUUUAUUGUUUUGUUCGUGUGUGUACUCAUUAAAAGAAUGUACGCUUAUCACGCUGCGCCUUGGUCCGCUGUUUAUGAUGAUCGUGACAGAAGAUCCCACCAAAACAGGACCAAGCAGCGUGUUCAGGAACUAACGCCGGGUAAGGAACAGGAGGUUACUCUAGUGGAUGUCCUCCUCGGUUGGGGGAAGAUCACGGAGGAGGAGGCCGUCCGCUACCGGAGGGCGAUGAGGGAGGAUGCCCAGGCAGGAGAGGAGAAGCGGCGCCAACCGGGCCGUCGUCGGACAGGCGAGAGGCAACCCCAAGUAAUUUUUUGAGGGGGGCACACGGCAUGGACGACGGGGCUGCUGGAGGCAGCUACAGGGUGAGUUUGUGGACUAGGAGAGGAGGCCACCAGGUUACGGGGGCCAUUGGUCAUGAGGGGGAAGGAGAGUGUAGAGGCACGGCGAGAGGUACUGGGGUGUGUUACCAGUCCGGUCCGGCCCGUUCCUGAUCCCCGCACAAGGCCAGUGGUGUGUGUUCCCAGUACGGUCCGGCCUGUUCCUGUCCCUCGCACCAAGCCUGUGGUGCGCGUCGCCAGCCCGGUCCGGCCUAUUCCUGCUCCCCGCACCAAGCCUGUGGUGCGCGUCGCCAGCCCGGUCCGGCCUGUUCCUGCUCCCCGCACCAAGCCUGUGGUGCGCGUCGCCAGCCCGGUCCGGCCUGUUCCUGUCCCUCGCACCAAGCCUGUGGUGCGCGUCGCCAGCCCGGCCCGGCCUGUUCCUGCCCCUCGCACCAAGCCUGUGGUGCGCGUCGCCAGCCCGGUCCGGCCUGUUCCUGCUCCCCGCACCAAGCCAGUGGUGCGCGUCGUCAGUCCGGCACAGCCCGUGCCUGUUCCACCGGUGCCUGGUCAGGCACCGGUCAGCUGCUCCACACCGGAGCCUGAGCAAUCCGCUCCACCGGUGUCCAGUCCAGCUCCGGCCAACGGGGCCAGACCAGACCAGGGGCGCUACGGGGGGGUAGCGAGAGAGUGGUGGUCACGCCCGGAGCCAGAUCCGCCUCCGAGGCGGAAUGCCCACCCGGCCCCUCCCCUGUUGGGUUUGGUUGGCGCGGUCGCUGUCCGCGCCUUUGGCGGGGGGGUACUGUCACGCCCUGGCUCUGGGGACUCUUAUAUGUUGAGCCAGGGUGUGGAUUUUCUAUGUGUUAUUUUCUAUGUUUCGUUCUAGUUCGUGUUUUCUAUGUUGGCCAGGGUGGUUCCCAAUCAGAGGCAGCUGAUUCUCGUUGUCUCUGAUUCGGAACCAUACUUAGGCAGCCGGUUGGCACUAGUUUAUUGUGGGAUCUUGAUCCGUAAGGUUUGUGUUUAACCCUAGGACUUCACGUAUCGUUUAUUGUUUUGUUCGUGUGUGUACUCAUUAAAAGAAUGUACGCUUAUCACGCUGCGCCUUGGUCCGCUGUUCAUGACGAUCGUGACAGUAUAGCUUCCAGGAAUGCAGGAUUUUGCUCUAGCCCUGCUCUAAAACACAUGAUUUUCGUGUUAGAUUAGGACUGGAGCAAAACCUGCGCACCCAGGAGCUCUCCAGGGGCCAGCAGAGGGUUGACCACAUACGGAUGUAUCAUAAUCUUAUUUCCAGUUUGAGUCACCUGGGUCUUCUGUUGCUCUAAGAGACGAACUGUCAGUACUGGCCAUCAACACAGUCAGUGCUCCAUAUUCCUCAUUUUCCUACAUUAAUUUAUUCCCUUUUAAUGAUGUAAAGUGUGUACUUGUGACCCAUGUGAAAUGCACUUAAAAUAAACUCUGACUUGAGUACUAACAUUUCCUGACUGUAAAACAUACAUCCUCUGAUCUUUACCAACUCAAUGAUGUAUGUUGAGUUGUUUUUUUGUUGAGUCCCAACCUAAAUAUUUUCCUCCUGAUACAUCUACAUAGCUUUAACGACACUACCAACACCUAUGACACUACCAACACCUAUGACUCUACUGCUUUGCUCUUGUAUCUUUCCGUGUUAGAGCCCCAAGCUGCAAAGAGUGACAGGGACGCAGUGUUUAAAACAGCUGUUACUAAAAGUCCCACUGUCAUCAUCAGAGAGGAUUACGGUUAUAUCGCUCAUUUCUCUGUCAUGUCACUCACUCGUCUGAGUCAGUCUCAACAUAAGAGGAGGAAAUCUCGGUACAACAGCUUGUAGUAGAAAGUAGAAACACACUCAUUUGUUCCCCCAUUGAGUGCCUGUUAAGCAGAUGUCAUGGUGGAACUGAAUGGGCAGCUAUGUGUGGUUAGUCGUUAAAGCCCUGAGCACUGUGGGUAACUGUGUUUGUAAAAUGUUCACGUCUGUAAUGCCCAUUCACAGAGACGUAUCCUAGCAAAGGGACUUCUUCUUAGUAAAAUAUACUCAUUCACACAUUCACAAAUACACACACAUAAACACAAGCACUGGCAAACAGGAUGAAAGCUCAUGAAAACACACAUAUACACACAUACACACUAAAAGCAAAUUGAAACACACACACUCCAAAUCUCAUUCGCACACACACACUCAGCCUAAUUAGUAGUAACGGCCUGCUCAGCCUAAUCCCCCACUCUGAGUGCCUCUCCCACACAGGCACUGACGUGUACCUCUCCCCCUCCCCCCACCCCCUCUGCCUGUGUGUGUGUGUGUGUGUGUGUGACGGUCUGUGAGGCCAACAGGGCCUUUGUGUCCAGUGAGGACCUGCCGCUCAGUCAGCGCCAUGAGCAGGCCAAGCGGCUCCUGGAGAGCACCCGCAUGAAGGCCCGGUCCUACCCACUCAAGGCCGACCACACUAUCCUACCCAUGCAGAGGGACAACCCGUAAGUACUGCUCCGCAAGUGUGUGUCUGUGUGUGUGUGUGUGUGUGUGUGGGAGGGAGGGUUGGAGAGUCGUGUGUGUGGGGGGGGGAUUGAAGAGUCGUGUGUGUGUUUACCUACUGAGCUUAUCUGUAGCAGACACCUGUAGCACCAUAACCAACCAAACGAGAAACCCGUUUUCCCCUCCUCUUUUCAGUCCCUUUUCUCCCUUCUGGUUCGUGGGGCCCUGCAGGGCCUGUAAAUCUCUGUAGGCUUUUGUGCUGGACAGUCCGGAAGGGCUGUAUUGUGUUUGGCUGGUUAAAAUGUUCUGCAGCUCUCUCUUUUCUGUUUACUGACAGUGUCCAGUGUAGAUAGCUGCAACAGGCGGUGCUCUCUUGUCGUGCUUGUUUCACUGUAAUGCUAUGAUAUAUAUUUGAUUUACUGCUUGUAUAUUGUAUAGUUGUUCAUGUGUGUUCUGUUUAUAGUGCCCUUUAGUAGUUUUUAAAUGCCUGGUAUGUCGCAGAUAUCUAUUAUGGGUCACACUUUAAAGCAGGUGUGUCAAACUCAUUCCAUGGAGGGCAGAGUGUCUGAAGGUUUUUUGUUUUUUCCUUUCAAUUAAGCCCUAGACAAACAGGUGGGGGGAGUUCCAUACUAAUUAGAGACCUUAAUUCAUCAAUCAAGUAUAAGGGAGGAGCAAAAACCUGCAGACACUUGGCCCUCCGUGGAAUGAGUUUGACAGCUGUGCUUUAAAGUGUGUUACACAGAUACUACAGUAUGUAAUAAUGUGACAUGCUGGUAUUUACAUUGAACUAACUAGUAACUCCACAAUAACUAUACAAUAUGUAUCUAAUGUAUCUUAUCUGCAGUGUCCAUGUACAGCUGAGUACAUAGUUGUAGCAACAUGUAGUCAUUAGUUAACUUAAUGUAAAGCAUUGGCCUAUACAUGAUGGCCCAUUUGGUUAUCUUGGUUGCUACGUCAGGUGCUCUCUCUCUCUGGCUAUUUCCAACAUACGCAAUCCAGCUGGCAUUAUACAACUACCACACCUCCCCAAUCUUAAUCCUAAUAUCAUCUGUGGUCCUGGAGCAGUGAUUACUGAUUACCUCAGCAUAUUCACUCUGACCAAGGUGGGAUGUUCCCACCUGGGAUACACAUGUGCCAGAACACGGAGAAGAAUCCCACAGCCAUGUAAACAAUCCUCUGUGUUAGGAGGAAAAAUGCUGGCUGUUUCUUUAUGGGGUUUCUGUAUUUCUGUGUGUGUGUGUCUCCAUCUACAGGGAGCAGCUGUCCACGGCUGGUGCUCCCUUUCACCGGGCUCCUCUGGCGGGGAAGGGAAGUGUGUCGGUGUCAUCGGCGAUAGUUGCCGCGGUUACCUCAUUGUCAGGAAACCUCAGUGACUCCUCCAGCAGCGACUCGGCCUGCGGCCCCCGCCGGCGCCCCGGCCAAUCGCCGACACGGGUCCGCUUCGAGGACGAAUCAGAGAAAGAUGCGGAGGUGCGCUACUUGGAGAGGCUCCGUCAGAGGAGGAGGGCCCAGGGUCUGCUCAUAUCCAAGCCCAACCUCUCUUCCUAUGUCAACGGGCGGAGGGACACUGAUCCAGGGCGCUGCCUCGAAGGCAGCUUCUUAUGGCACAAGAAGGCUUGCAGGACACAGGAUGGCUACGUAAACGGUGGCAGUGGGGGCCAUUUUAAAGCCGUGGCAGCACAGGAGGCGCUCAACAGGCAGUGCAACUCGUGCGGGACGUUCCUGGAAGGCGGGGUCCCGAAUCUGAACCUCCAUCUGAACCCAUCACCCCCGAAAGGGCAGAACGGCCCAGUGAAUGAAGAAGGGGAGGGGAAGGUGCUGAUGUCUUGCUCGGUGGCUCCCAGUGAGCCCAGCCAGACAGUUCUUACCGAGCUGAUCAAGGAGACGUACAUUGGGAAGGUAACCCUCCGCGAUGUGGCGGAUAGCGACGGGACAGGGCGUGGCUCGGCGGGAGAGACAGACAGCAGCAGAGGAGGUGGGAGUGUUCGGGUGUCGACGAUGAAGGUGAAGAGGAGGAGUAGGAGAGGGGAGAUUCUGGGCACCAAUGGGCAUGGAGCACCCAUCACGGUGCCACCAACACCACCACCACUAAGGUCCAAUCACAGUUUGGCACCAGUGAGCUCAACUAAUGGUAUUGUGGUGGUGCCGCCCAAUCCUUACGCCAUUGAGAAACCUGUGUCAAUGGUGGUGGGUUUGCACACUCACUCUCCCGCUCCCCCAGAAGAACCCACAAACAGUCCCCUGUGCCUCAAGGGCACCCACUUUCCCCCUUCCCCACUGCCCAUCAAAUCAGCUCUGAAAACAGGACCCAAGAGUCGGCCCAAUGGCCAGCGAUCGGUCAAACUCAUGUCUUCACCACAGUACCGCCUUUUGUCCCAGGACUCCCUGGAAGACCAGGGGAGAGGGGCCGCACCCAGCCCCCAGAACGAGCACUCUGUUGGGGGGAACUUCAAGGAGGAUGGUCUGUCUUUGGGGCUGACUUCCAGCACUGGCACGAUAAUGCCCUGUAUCAGGCCUGUCUCCCUGCUGAAGACCUCCCCAUCACCAGCGAAGAAAGCAGAAGAGAAGUCGGUGCACCCUGCGCCACAGGCACCAGGUCAGCUUAAAAUACACACUUGCGCGCACAAACACACUAAUUUGUGUGCUGUGGGACAGUGGAUUGGUGAGAAAAAGACAUUGUGUUGCUGCUCUUCACAGCUCAUCUGAAUGGCAGAGGGCCAAGGUGACAGCAUAAUCUGCAUAUCAAUGGGUGGUGAUGGUAAAUGCCUUGUUGAGAGCAAAGGAGGUGAAUGUAAAUCCAGUGGAUUUAUUCAAAUCAAAUCAAAUUUUAUUUGUCAUAUGCUCCAAAUACAACAGGUAGACCUUACCGUUAAAUGCUUACUUACAAGCCCUUAACCAACAAUGCAGUUUUAAGAAAAUUAAGAGUUAGGAAAAUAUUUACUAAAUAAACUAACGUAAAAAUAUAUAUGCACUACCGGUCAAAAGUUUUAGAACACCUACUCAUUCAACGGUUUUUCUUUAUUUUUACUAUUUUCUACAUUGUAGAAUAAUAGUGAAGACAUCAAAACUAUGAAAUAACACAUGGAAUCAUGUAGUAACCCAAAAAGUGUUAAACACAUCAACAUUUAUUUUAUAUUUGAGAUUCUUCAAAUAGCCACCCUUGAUGACAGCUUUGCACACUCUUGGCAUUCUCUCAACCAGCUUCAUGAGGUAGUCACCUGGAAUGCAUUUCAAUUAACAGGUGUGCCUUCUUAAAAGUUCAUUUGUGGAAUUUCUUUCCUUCUUAAUGCGUUUGAGACAAUCAGUUGUGUUGUGACAAGGUAGGGGGGUAUACAGAAGAUAGCCCUAUUUGGUAAAAGACCAAGUCCACAUUAUGGCAAGAACAGCUCAAAUAAGCAAAGAGAAACGACAGUCCAUCAUUAUUUUAAGACAUGAAGGUCAGUCAAUACGGAAAAUGUCAAGAACUUUGAAAGUUUCUUCAAGUGCAGUCGCAAAAACCAUCAAGCGCUAUGAUGAAACUGGCUCUCAUGAGGACCACCACAGAAAUGGAAGACCCAGUUACCUCUGCUGCAGAGGAUAAGUUCAUUAGAGUUACCAGCCUCAGAAAUUGCAGCCCAAAUAAAUGCUUCAAAGAGUUCAAAUAACAGACACAUCUCUACAUCAACUGUUCAAAGGAGACUGUGAAUCAUGCCUUCAUGGUCGAAUUGCUGCAAAGAAACCACUACUAAAGGAUACCAAUAAUAAGAAGAGACCUACUUGGGCCAAGAAACACGAACAAUGGACAUUAGACCGGUGGAAAUGUGUCCUUUGGUCUGGAGUCCAAAUUGGAGAUUUUUGAUUCCAACUGCCGUGUCUUUGUGAGACGCAGUGUGGGUGAACGGAUGAUCUCCGCAUGUGUAGCUCCCACCAUAAAGCAUGGAGGAGGAGGUGUUAUGGUGUGGGGGUGCUUUGCUGGUGACACUGUGAUUGAUUUUGAAUUCAAGGCACACUUAACCAGCAUGGCUACAACAGCAUUCUGCAGCGAUACGCCAUCCCAUCAGGUUUGGGCUUAGUGGCACUAUAAUUUGUUUUUCAACAGGACAAUGACCCAACACACCUCCAGGCUGUGUAAGGGCUAUUUUACCAAGAAGGAGAGUGAUGGAGUGCUGCUUCAGAUGACCUGGCCUCCACAAUCCCCCGACCUCAACCAAAGAGAUGGUUUGGGAUGAGUCGGACCGCAGAGUGAAGGAAAAGCAGCCAACAAGUGCUCAGCAUAUGUGGGAACUCCUUCAAGACUGUUGGAAAAGCAUUCCAGGUGAAGCUGGUUGAGAGAAUGCCAAGAGUGUGCAAAGCUGUCAUCAAUGCAAAGAGUGGCAAUUUAAAGAAUCUCAAAUAUAUAAAUAUUUGUUUAACACCUUUUGGUUACUACAUGAUUCCAUAUGUGUUAUUUCAUAGUUUUGAUGUCUUCACUAUUAUUAUACAAGGUAGAAGUUCAAAAAAUUCUGACUGGUAGUGUAUAUAAAAAAAGUAACACAAUAAAAUAAAAAUAACGAGGCUAUGUACAGGAGGUACCGGUUCCGAGUCAAUGUGCAGGGGUACAGGUUAGUCAAGGUAAUUGAGGUAAGUGCAUGCAUUCGGAAAGUAUUCAGACCCUUUGACUUUUUCCACAUUUUGUUACGUUACAGCAUAAUCUAAAAUGUAUUAUUCUUAAAUUUUUUAUCAAUCUACACACAAUACCCCAUAAUGACAAAGCAAAAAACAGUUUUCUUAGAAAUGGAAAAUUGAUUAGAAAUAAAAAAACUGAAAUAUUACAUUUGCAUAAGUAUUCAGACCCUUUACUCUGUACUUUGUUGAAGCACCUUUGGCAGCGAUUACAGCCUCGAGUCUUCUUGGGUAUGACGCUACAAGCUUGGUACACCUGUAUUUGGGGAGUUUCUCCCAUUCUUCUCUGCAGAUCCUCUCAAGCUCUGUCAGGUUGGAUGGGGAGCGGCGUGCACAGCUAUUUUCAGGUCUCUCCAGAGAUGUUUGAUCAGGUUCAAGUCCGGGAUCUGGCUGGGCUACUCAAGGACAUUCAGAGAAUUGUCCCGAAGCCACUCCUGUGUUGUCUUGGCUGUGUGCUUAGGGUCGUUGUCCUGUUGGAAGGUGAACCUUCGCCCCAGUCUGAGGUCCUGAGUGCUCUGAAGCAGGUUUACGUCAAGGAUCUCUCUGUACUUUGCUCCGUUCAUCUUUCCCUUGAUCCUGACUAGUCUCCUAGUCCCUACUGCUGAAAAACAUCCCCACAGCAUGAUGCUGCCACCACCAUGCUUCACCGUAGGGAUGGUGCAAGGUUUCCUCCAGACGUGACACUUGGCAUUCAGGCCAAAGACUUCAAUCUUGGUUUCAUCAGACCAGAGAAUCUUGUUUCUCAUGGUCUGAGAGUCCUUUAGGUGCCUUUUGGCAAACUCCAAGCAGGCUGUCAUGUGCCUUUUACUGAGGAGUGGGUUCCGUCUGGCCACUCUACCAUAAAGGCCUGAUUGGUGGAGUGCUGCAGAGAUGGUUGUCCUUCUGAAAGGUUCUCCCAUCUCCACAGAGGAACUCUGGAGCUCUGUCAGACUGACCAUCGGGUUCUUGGUCACCUCCCUGACCAAGGCCCUUCUCCCCCGAUUGCUCAGUUUGGCCAGGCGGCCAGCUCUAGGAAGAGUCUUUGUGGUUCGAAAAUUCUUCCAUUUAAGAAUGAUGGAGCCCACUGUGUUCUUGGGGAACUUCAAUGCUGCAGACAUUUUUUGGUACCCUUCCAAAGAUCUGUGCCUCGACACAAUCCUGUCUCUGAGCUCUACGGACAAUUCCUUUGACCUCAUGGCUUGGUUUUUGCUCUGACAUGCAUUGUCAACUGUGGGACCUUAUAUAGACAGGUAUGUGCCUUUCCAAAUCAUGUCCAAUUAACUGAAUUUACCACAGGUGGACUCCAAUCAAGUUGUAGAAACAUCUCAAGGAUGAUCAAUGGAAACAGGAUGCACCUGAGCACAAUUUUGAGUCUCAUAGCAAAAGGUCUGAAUACUUAUGUAAAUAAGGUAUUUCUGUUUUCAUUUUUUAAAUAAAUUUGCUAAUAAUUUGAAAAACCUGUUUUCGCUUUGUCAUUAUGGGGUAUUGUGUGUAGAUUGAUGAGGAAAAUGUUUUAUUUAACCCAUUUUUGAAUGACUAACGUAACAAAAUGUGGAAAAAGUCAAGGGGUCUGAAUACUUUCCAAAUGCACUGUAUGUGCAUCUAGGUAGGAGUAAAGUUACUAUGCAUACAGUGAGGGAAAAAAGUAUUUGAUCCCCUGCUGAUUUUGUACGUUUGCCCACUGACAAAGACAUGAUCAGUCUAUAAUUUUAAUGGUAGGUUUAUUUGAACAGUGAGAGACAGAAUAACAACAAAAUCCAGAAAAACGCAUGUCAAAAAUGUUAUAAAUUGAUUUUUGCAUUUUAAUGAGGGAAAUAAGUAUUUUACCCCUCUGCAAAACAUGACUUAGUACUUGGUGGCAAAACCCUUGUUGGCAAUCACAGAGGUCAGACGUUUCUUGUAGUUGGCCACCAGGUUUGCACACAUCUCAGGAGGGAUUUUGUCCCACUCCUCUUUGCAGAUCUUCUCCAAGACAUUAAGGUUUCGAGGCUGACGUUUGGCAACUCAAACCUUCAGCUCCCUCCACAGAUUUUCUAUGGGAUUAAGGUCUGGAGACUGGCUAGGCCACUCCAGGACCUUAAUAUACUUCUUCUUGAACCACUCCUUUGUUGCCUUGGCCGUGUGUUUUGGGUCAUUGUCAUGCUGGAAUACCCAUCCACGACCCAUUUUCAAUGCCCUGGCUGAGGGAAGGAGGUUCUCACCCAAGAUUUGACGGUACAUGGCCCCGUCCAUCGUCCCUUUGAUGCGGUGAAGUUGUCCUGUCCCCUUAGCAGAAAAACACCCCCAAAGCAUAAUGUUUCCACCUCCAUGUUUGACGGUGGGGAUGGUGUACUUGGGGUCAUAGGCAGCAUUCCUCCUCCAAACACGGUGAGUUGAGUUGAUGCCAAAGAGCUCGAUUUUGGUCUCAUCUGACCACAACACUUUCACCCAGUUCUCCUCUGAAUCAUUCAGAUGUUCAUUGGCAAACUUCAGACGGGCCUGUAUAUGUGCUUUCUUGAGCAGGGGGACCUUGCGGGCGCUGCAGGAUUUCAGUCCUUCACGGCGUAGUGUGUUACCAAUUGUUUUCUUGGUGACUAUGGUCCCAGCUGCCUUGAGAUCAUUGACAAGAUCCUUCCAUGUAGUUCUGGGCUGAUUCCUCACCGUUCUCAUGAUCAUUGCAACUCCACGAGGUGAGAUCUUGCAUGGAGCCCCAGGCCGAGAGAGAUUGACAGUUCUUUUGUGUUUCUUCCAUUUGCGAAUAAUCGCACCAACUGUUGUCACCUUCUCACCAAGCUGCUUGGCGAUGGUCUUGUAGCCCAUUCCAGCCUUGUGUAGGUCUACAAUCUUGUCCCUGACAUCCUUGGAGAGCUCUUUGGUCUUGGCCAUGGUGGAGAGUUUGGAAUCUGAUUGAUUGAUUGCUUCUGUGGACAGGUGCCUUUUAUACAGGUAACAAGAUGAGAUUAGGAGCACUCCCUUUAAGAGUGUGCUCCUAAUCUCAGCUCGUUACCUGUAUAAAAGACACCUGGGAGCCAGAAAUCUUUCUGAUUGAGAGGGGGUCAAAUACUUAUUUCCCUCAUUUAAAUGCAAAUCAAUUUAUAACAUUUUUGAUAUGUGUUUUUUCUGGAUUUUUUUGUUGUUAUUCUGUCUCUCACUGUUCAAAUAAACCUACCAUUAAAAUUAUAGACUGAUCAUGUCUUUGUCAGUGGGCAAACGUACAAAAUCAGCAGGGGAUCAAAUACUUUUUUCCCUCACUGUAGAUAAUAAACAGCGAGUAGCAGCAGCGUAAAAAAGGGGGUUCAAUGCAAAUAGUCUGGGUAGCCAUCUGAUUAACUGUUCAGCAGUCUUAUGGCUUCGGGGCAGAAGCUGUUAAGGAUCCUUUUGGACCUAGACUUGUAGGAAGAAAUUCACAUCUCACAAACAAUAUUCAUACCACAUGAAAAUGUCUGUAUAACAUUCCUAUAACAUUCCUUACUCAUUCCUGCUUUUCAUUAAAAAAAUAUGAAAGUUACAGAUUCUUCACCUUGUAAACAUCCCUCUCUCCCCUUUAGAAGUGGAGCUGCAUCAUCCAUUGAUGGGAGAGCUCUGUCUGGGUGGAGCCAGCAUCAUAACCCCUCCCCCAUACUACUCUGGAGGUGGCGGACGUGUCAGGGGGCCAAUGAGAGCAGAGCAUCAGAGGGAGGAUAGCCCUAGUCCAGCUCAGUGAGUAUUGGUAACUCGCUACCUACACCACACUCUUAUGCUUAAUUCUAAAGACUAUUUUCCUAUUGAGAUGCAUUACAUUGAAAAUUGUACACCGUCUCUUUAAAAACAUCAGGUUUGUGAUUACAUGCAAGAGAUCUGUCAUUCAUUAAUUAAUGUAUUGCUAUGAUCAUUGAUCUCCUGAAGAAGCUAUCCCUUUUCCUUUCUGCCUGUGCCCCCAAAUGUUAGGAUAUAAUGGUAAAGUUACCAGUUAGCUAACUAGCCAAUGAGGUAACAUGACUAAACAAAGUGUAAAUAAAUGGUCAGUAAUAUUUGAACGGCCCACAACAUAUUUUAUGAAUGUAAAAUGCAUUCCCGGCGAUCCGCUGUAGGAAGAUAUGUUGCACAGGUAAUAGCCUAUGGAUCAGAUCUUUUGACCUGGUUGGGCGGCUACAAGCAAGCCAUUUUUGCUGUAAUAAUGGUGUGAUCAUGACUCUAUCGAAUAUCUACUUGCUUUUUUCUAUAGGGCACUCGGAAACAACUGUACAGCGAAGCCUUAUCAUUACACGUAUUACAUUUUUAUAACUCCAGGGCGGGGGGGUGUGUGUCUUUGUUAACAUUUACAUUUACAUUUAAGUCAUUUAGCAGACGCUCUUAUCCAGAGCGACUUACAAAUUGGUGCAUUCAACUUAGGAUAGCCAGUGGGACAACCAUAUCUUGAUCACAGUAAGUACACUUCUUCAAACAAGCAGCUGUGAGCCAAGUCAGUGCAAUCAGGGCAACUACAUCUCGAUCACAAUAAGUACAUUUCUUUAAACAAGUCAGUGCUAGCAGGUGAAAUAAGUCUGGUGUUAGUUUAGACAAAAGACAGUGGUAGUAAAGGGGGGUAGAAGGAUUACUAUUCUACUAUUCCAGGUAUUUCUUAAAGAGGUAGGGUUUCAAGUGUCUCCGGAAGGUGGUCAGUAAAUCCGCUGUCCUGGCGUCGUGGGAGAGCUUGUUCCACCAUUGGGGUGCCAGAGCAGUGAAUAGCUUUGACUGGGAUGAGCGGGAACUGUGCUUCCGUAGAGGUAGGGGGGCUAGCAGGCCAGAGGUGAAUGAACGUAGUGCCCUCGUUUGGGUGUAGGGUCUGAUCAGAGCCUGAAGGUAAGGAGGUGCCGUUCCCCUCACAGCUCCGUAGGCAAGCACCAUGGUUUUGAAGUAGAUGCGAGCUUCAACUGGAAGCCAGUGGAGUGUGCAGAGGAGCGGGGUGACGUGAGAGAACUUGGGAAAGGUGAACACCAGACGGACUGCAGCGUUCUGGAUAAGUUACAGGGCAGGGAGCCCAGCCAACAGCGAGUUGCAGUAAUCCAGACGGGAGAUGACAAGUGCCUGGAUUAGGACCUGUGCCGCUUUCUGUGUAAGGUAGGGUCGUACUCUGUGAAUGUUAUAGAGCAUGAACCUGCAUGUUGUCCAGGGUCAUGCCAAGGUUCUUUGCACUCUGGGAGGAGGACACAAUGGAGAUGUCAACCGUGAUUGCGAGAUCAUGGAGCGGGCAGUCCUUCCCCGGGAGGAAGAGAAGCUCCGUCUUGCCGAGGUUCAGCUUGAGGUGGUGAUCCGACAUCCACACUGAUAUGUCUGUCAGACAUGCAGAGAUGCGAUUCGCCACCUGGUUAUCAGGGAAAGGAGAAAAUGAAUUGUGUGUCGUCUGCGUAGCAAUGAUAGGAGAGACCAUGUGAGGAUAUGACAGAGCCAAGUGACUUGGUGUAUAGAGAGAAUAGGAGAGGGCCUAGAACUGAGCCCUGGGGGACACCAGUGGUGAGAGCAUGUGGUGCGGAGACAGAUUCUCGCCACGCCACCUGGUAGGAGCGACCUGUCAGGUAGGACGCAAUCCAAGAGUGAGCAGCGCCAGAGAUGCCCAACUCGGAGAGGGUGGAGAGGAGGAUCUGAUGGUUCACAGUAUCAAAGGCAGCAGAUAGGUCUAGAAGGAUAAGAGCAGAGGAGAGAGAGUUAGCUUUGGCAGAGUGGAGAGCCUCCGUGACACAGAGAAGAGCAGUCUGAGUUGAAUGAUCAGUCUUGAAACCUGACUGGUUAGGAUCAAGAAGGUCAUUCUGAGAGAGAUAGCAGGAGAGUUGGCUAGAGACGGCACGCUCAAGAGUUUUGGAGAGAAAGAAGGGAUACUGGUCUGUAGUUGUUGACAUCGGAGGGAUCGAGUGUAGGUUUUUUGAGGAGGGGUGCAACUCUCGCCCUCUUGAAGACGGAAGGGACAUAGCCAGCGAUCAAGGAUGAGUUGAUGAGCGAGGUGAGGUAAGGGAGAAGGUCUCCGGAAAUGUUCUGGAGAAGAGAGGAGGGGAUAGGGUCAAGCGGGCAGGUUGUUGGGCGGCCGGCCAUCACAAGUUGCAAGAUUUCAUCUGGAGAGAGAGGGGAGAAAGAAGUCAAAGCAUAGGGUAGAUCAGUGUGAGCAGGACCAGCGGUGUCAUUUGACUUAAUAAAUGAGAAUCGGAUGUCGUCAACCUUCUUUUCAAAAUGGUUGACGAAGUCAUCCACAGAGAGAGAGGAGGGAGGGGGAGGAGGAGGAGGAUUCAGCAGGGAGGAGAAGGUGGCAAAGAGCUUCCUAGGGUUAGAGGUAGAGGCUUGAAAUUUAGAGUGGUAGAAAGUGGCUUUGCAGCAGAAACAGAGGAAGAAAAAGUAGAGAGGAGUGAGCGAAAAGAUGACAGGUCAGCAGGGAGUCUAGUUUUCCUCCAUUUCCGCUUGGCUGCCUGGAGUCCUGUUCUGUGAGCUCGCAAUGAGUCGUCAAGCCAUGGAGCAGGAGGGGAGGACCGAGCCGGCCGGGAGGAUAGGGGACAUAGAGAGUCAAAGGAUGCAGAAAGGGAGGAGAGGAGGGUCGAGGAGGCAGAAUCAGGAGACCGGAGGGAGAAGGAUUUAGCAGAGGGAAGAGAUGAUAGGAUGGAAGAGGAGAGAGUAGCGGGAGAGAGAGAGCGAAGGUUGCGACGGCGCAUUACCAUCUGAGUAGGGGCAGAGUGAGUAGUGUUGGAGGAGAGCAAGAGAGAAAAGGAUACAAAGUAGUGGUCAGAGACUUGGAGGGGAGUUGCAGUGAGAUUAGUAGAAGAACAGCAUCUAGUAAAGAUGAGGUCAAGCGUAUUGCCUGCCUUGUGAGUGGGGGGGACGGUGAGAGGGUGAGGUCAAAAGAGGAAAGGAGUGGAAAGAAGGAGGCAGAAAGAAAUUAGUCGAAGGCAGACGUCGGCAGGUUAAAGUCACCCAGAACUGUGAGGGGUGAGCCAUCCUCAGGAAAGGAACUUAUCAAGGCGUCAAGCUCAUUGAUGAACUCUCCAAGGGAACCUGGAGGGCGAUAAAUUACAAGGAUGUUAAGCUUGAAUGGGCUAGUGACUGUGACAGCAUGGAAUUCAAAUGAGGAGAUAGACAGAUGGGUCAGGGGGAAAAGAGAGAAUGUCCACUUGGGAGAGAUGAGAAUUCCUGUGCCACCGCCGCGCUGACCAGAUGCUCUCGGGUAUGCGAGAACACAUGAUCAGACGAGGAAAGAGCAGUAGGAGUAGCAGUGUUUUCUGUGGUAAUCCAUGUUUCCGUCAGUGCCAAGAAGUCGAGAGACUGGUGGGUAGCAUAGGCUGAGAUGAACUCUGCCUUGCUGGCCGCAGAAUGGCAGUUCCAGAGGCUGCCGGAGACCUGGAACUCCACGUGGGUCGUGCGCGCAGGGACCACCAGAUUAGAGUGGUAGCAGCCACGCGGUAUGAAGCGUUUGUAUGGCCUGUGCAGAGAGGAGAGAACAGGGAUAGACAGACACAUAGUUGACAGGCUACAGAAAAGGCUACAAUAAUGCAAAAGAGAUCAGAAUGAAAUUAACUAAACAUCUGGGGAAGCGAGAGAGCGGGGCCUCCCUCGACUAACUCCCGCAGAACAACUUGGCAGAACUGUUAACUGUUAACAACAGCUGGUGCGCGACCUCUAAUAUGAAGGAAGUCUUGAGGUUUUGCUCACCUGAGUUAGAAUACCUCAUGAUAAGCUGUAGAGCAUACUAUUUAACAGUAUUUUUCAUAGCUAUUUAUCACCACAAACCGAUGUUGGCACUAGGACCACACUCAACUAGCUAUAUAAGGCCAUAAGCCAACAAGAAAAUGCUCAUCCAGUGGCCGGUGAUUUUAAUGCAGGAAAACUGAAAUCCGUUUUACUUAUUUUCUACCAGCAUGUCACCUGCGCAACUAGAGGGGAAACAACUCUAGACCACCUUUACUCCACACACAGAGAAGCAUACAAAGCGCUCCCUCGCCCUUCAUUUGGCAAAUCUGACCAUAACUCUAUCCUCCUGAUCCUGCUUACAAGUAAAAACUCAAACAGCAAGUAGCAGUGACACGCUCAAUUCGGAAGUGAUCCGAUGAAGCGGAUGCUAAACUACAGGGCUGUUUUUCUAGAACAGACUGGAAUAUGUUCCAGGAUUCAUCCAAUGGCAUUGAGGAGUUUACCACAUCAGUCACCGACUUCAUUAAUAAGUGCAUCGACGACGUCGUACCCACAGUGACCGUAUGUAUAUAUCCCAACCAGAAGCCAUGGACUGACAUUUUCAAUCUCUCCCUGACCCAGUCUGCAAUACCUACAUGUUUCAAGCGGACCACCAUAGAGCGUCAAGGUGACCUGUCUAAAUGACUAUCGCCAUGGCACACAUCUGUAGCCAUGAAAUGCUUUGAAAGGCUGGUCAUGGCUCACAUCAACGGCAUCAUCCCAGACACCCUGGACCCACUCCAAUUCGCAUACCGUCCGACAGAUCCACAGAUGACGCAAUCUCUAUUGCACUUCACACUGCCCUUUCCCACUCUGACAAAAGGAACACCUAUGUGAGAAUGCUGUUCAUUGACUACAGCUCAUUGUUCAACAUCAUAGCGCCCUCGAAGCUCAUCACUAAACUAAUGUCCCUGGGACUGAACACCUCCCUCAGCAACUGGAUCCUGGACUUCCUGACGGGCCCCCAAAGGUGGUGAGAAUAGGCAGCAACACAUCUGCCACACUGACCCUCAACACGGGGGCCCCUCAGGUGUGCGUGCUGUACUCCCUGUUCACCCACAACUCCAACACGAUCGUUAAGUUUGCCGACGACACAACAAUGGUAGGCCUGAUCAACGAUGAGACAGCCUAUGGGGAGGUGGUCAGAGAACUGGCAGUGGUGCCAGGACAACAACCUCUCCCUCAGUAAGUCAAAGGAGCUGAUCGUGGAUUACAGGAAACGGAGGGCCGAGCAUGCCCCCAUUCACAUCGACAGGGCUGUAAUGGAGCGUGUCGAGAGCUUAAAGUUCCUCGGUGUCCACAUCACUAAGGAUUUAUCAUUGUCAAACACACCAACACAGUCGUGAAGAGGGCACGACAAUGCCCCUUCCACCUCAGGAGGCUAAAAAUAUUUGGCAUGGGCUAUCAGAUCCUCCAAAACUUCUAUAGCUGCAACAUCGAGAGCAUCUUGACUGGCUGCAUCACCGCUUGGUAUAGCAACUGCUCGGCAUCCGACCGGAAGGCGCUACAGAGGGUAACGCGUACAGCCCAGUACAUCACUGGGGCCCAGCUCCCUGCCAUCCAGGACCUCUAUACCAAGCGGUGUCAGAGGAAGGCCCAAAAAAUUGUCAAAGACUCCAGCCACCCAAGCCACAGACUGUUCUCUCUGCUACCGCGUGGCAAGUGGUACCAACGCACCAAGUCUGGAACCAAAAGGACCCUGAACUGCUUCUACCCCCAAGCAAUAAGACUUGUAAACAAGACCCACACAUACUUACAUUUUUAUUUGUAUUUAUUAUGGAUCCCCAUUAGCUGCUGCCAAGGCCUUGGGGACUGUGAAGAGACCUCUGGUGGCAUGUCUGGUGGGGUAUGCAUGGGUGACCGAGCUGUGCGCCAGACAGCUCGGUGCAUUCAACAUGUCAAUACCUCUCAUAAAUACAAGUAGUGAUGAAGUCAAUCUCUCGUCCACUUUGAGCCAGGAGAGAUAGACAUGCAUAUUAUUAAUAUUAGCCCUCUGUGUAUGAAAAAUGUAUGCACUCACUAACUGUAAGUCGCUCUGGAUAAGAGUGUCUGCUAAAUGACUAAAAUGUCAAUGUAAAUGUGUUAACUCAACACUGACCUCUUCUGACCAAAUAUUAAUACGUGAAUGAAUGCAAACAUCUGAGGUGAAGUAAUUAUUUCAAUUUCCUGGAUCAAUUCUUUCCAUUUCUAACGGUUUUCCCAAUCAAAUUAAGAACUAGAAUUUACAAUGGAGUUGAGUCCAGGUUAGAUGUGACUCAUGAUGUCUGUACUUGUUUAUAUGUUGUUGUCUAUCUCUCAAUGUCUUUCUGUUGAUCUCUCUCCCUCUUUCCCUCCUUCACCCCUCUCCCCCCUACCCCCUCUUCCCCUCACAGGACGGUAGGGACAGAGACAGAGCAGCAGGAGGGCAGGUCCAAGCUUUCUCUGCUUCGUUUAUUCGCUGCCAUUGGCCUGAAUGGAGUGAGGAAGCUGGGUAAAGGGCGCUCCAGUAGCAUGGAGCAGCUUAGCUUCCAGCCCCGGGGUGUCCCCCCGGCCUUUCCUGGCCCUUCCUCCACCACCCCCACACCCAGCUCCAGCUCUAGCCCCAGUCCUGCACGCCCAGAACCCAGCCAACUGAGGAAAGCCCUGUCGCUCCAGUCCCUACGCAUGGUGAGAGGAGACAUUCCUUUGUCAUGUCACAUGUCAAACUUAUCUUUUGAAUUAUAGGGAAUUAUAGCGAUUGUAGUCUUGCUUGUAGUCUGAGAGGGUUCCGCUUUAUGUCUGUCAAACACUGUUUAAACUAUAAGGAUACUGAGAUCUCAGUUAGUUGGAACAUUGUUGUGACUGUGUACUAGAAAUAGAAAUUAAAAUGAUUUUCCACAUAACUAUACUGUAAAAUGCAUAUUUUGUCAAGGUAUUGCUGGAUACCUUUUUAAAAAAGUAACGCGGUCUUAAAAUGAAUCCAAAUGGAAUAUUUUGGAAGGUCGCAUAGGGCUGCUGUCAUGUUCAUUUCUCACCACCAGGGGUCACCUUUUAAGCAGCUGAGGAAAUCGUCAUCAGUCCAGAAUUUACAGUCGUCCAAGAAGAAGGGAGAUCGCUCCAGUCCAUUCACACCUGGAGACCAGCCCAGCAGCCCUGCUCUCAGGUAUAACCAGUAGCGGUGCGUGUUUUAAAUCACUGAGGAAGCCAAGCCUGUAAAAAAGCAAAAUUAUGUACAACCUAUGUUGUGAUAAUUGCGUUUUUGCUCUAUAACCCAUUAGUUCAUACUCCACCGUGAUAUACAAUAAGGACAUAACAACAAAAAGACAACAGUCACACAGUGACGGAAUAAAUAAAACUACACAUACGUUUGUUUCAUCACAAAACUGGAAAGCAACAUCUGUCCAGUGAAGUCCACAAAGCAAAUAUUGCAUACAAACAGUUAUAUCACCUGCAGCAUGGUCAAGCAAGUUAAUGUUUUCUAAAGUUUACUAAACCAACUACUGAUUUAGAACCACGGAGUUAUUGCAAGUCAGCACAAAGACAACACUAGCACUGCCUCUGCUAUUCCAGCACCAUUUAAACUUAAACACCAAAUCAACAAGGCUAUAUAUGCUUAGUUUAAUACACUAAAAACAAACUUAAAGAUACUGUACCAAGAACAAUUGAGUCCGAUCAAUGUUACUAAAUAUCAUAUGGCUGUCCAUGGUACUGAUUUCUGUGUGCAUGCGUGCAAGUAAAAUUCAAAAUUUUGACUCACCCUAGACAAGUUGAAAGCCAAUGCCAUCCUCCUCGCUUUCAUGUUGGCAAAAUGAUCUAUGGCUCUGUCAUACAGUACACUUUUAGUUUUUGUUGUCAUAGGGUACCUAGCUAAAAUGUUUGCUAGCCUGACUUCCUCGCAUGGGCAACAAUGAACCAGCUAACUUAGCUAUGCUACAUAUUGAACUUCAAUCGUCUCAGGCCAGUGGCACAACAUAUUAAUUUAUAGUUAGAUCAGAAUCUGCAUCAUAAUCAUAGGCCUUCUCCAUCCAUGGCUUAGCAAAGGGCCGAUUUAGCAAGCUGGCUACUGCAGGACAUCAACAGAAACAGACACAUUUUUCAGAAAAUGACAUUUUGCAAAGGAAAUGAUUUGAUUGGCCUGAAGCCAAAUCCAAACUGGCCUCCCUUGGCGGGCAUUUUACUGCACCAGGACAACCCAUAGUUGAGCUCAGCUGAUUGGCUAAUUAUUUUAUUUAAAAAAUUAUCAAGGGAGGCCAAAUGCUUGUUGGCAUCAAUCAAUCAAAUGCUACCACGGCAACUCUUUUGGUCCAGACAGCAUCAGAUAGAUACUGAGACAGCGGGGCGCUGUUUCCCUCGCUUGGAUGAUUUCUCCGGUGAAAUCAGCCACUUGCGAAUUGAUGGAAAAUUAUGAAAACACAGAAAGAGACGAAAGAUAAAUUAUUUUAUGUUUAUUUAUUUAUUGGUCAAAUAUUUGGGGAAGCCUGGCUUCCGUUGGCCACCAUGAAUAUACGCCACUGGGUAUAACAUAAACAGACAUUCACACACGCGCACACACACACAUUAGAACUAUGACAUCAGCAACAUAAAAAUAGGCAACUGUUGCAGUAAUAACAGUUAAUCUAACAUCCAAUCUGUCACAAUGCAAAGCUUGCACAUUGAUCUUCUCUAAAGUGGCACCUCAUGUCCAAACAUUAUGAAUGAAGUCAACAUCGAUCCUUCCUGACAGGAGGUUACAAGGCUGGCAUGUGCUCAAGGCUGCCUGGAAUCUCUGGUAUGCAUGGAUGGGCGCCGUGUGUGUUGUGCAACCGAAUAGUUUCCAUUCACUGGGUCUGAGUGGACGGAUAAAAAUAGAUUGAGUGCGGUGGUGCUGCCGAAGAAAGACUGUCGCAACAUCAUAUGAUGGAUUUGGAAAGGUGGCUUGGAGCAGUGGUGAAACUGAACAUCGACUGUUUGGGUGAUGUUGUUGACACUGCCUGUGUUAGUGAGUGUGUGUUUGUUUAUUAGUGUGCGUGUCCAUCAAGUGCGCGCUUGUGUGUCUAUACGUGAGUGUAUUUCAAGUUUUAAUGUCACAUGCACAAGUAUAGUGAAAUGCCUUUCUUGCAAACUCAAAACCCAACAAUGCAAUGUGUGUGUCUGUACCUGAGCGUAUCAGCAGCUGACACACUAGAGACCAGAGAAGGACAUUUCAGGCUUGCACUUGCAUCACCUUCGUCGAGAGGCAGUCAGAAACCUGAUAGGCUAGGAACAUGACACAGCCGGGCCAUAUAUGGACCUCGCUACAUGGCUCUCUGGGGGGGGGGGGGGGGGGGGGGUUCUGCCGUAGAGACCUUAAUGUAGGAAGCAGACCAUCUCCCUCCCCCAUGCAAUGACUUCAUUAUUUACAUUAUAAAACUGGAAAUGGCACAAGGCAGCACACCAUGUCUCUCCAUUCACCUUCAUGACUUAUUACUCAAAUUAAAUUGCAUGUUUGCCAUGGGUAUGAAAGGGAAAGGAAAGGGGGAUACCUAGUCAGUUGUACAACUGAAUGCAUUCAACUGAAAUGUGUCUUCCGCAUUUAACCCAACCCCUCUGAAUCAGAGAGGUGGGGGGCUGCCUUAAACGACAUCCAUGUCAUGUAGAAAUGGGUCAAAAUAUCCCCACUGGACAAAGAUGUAAAUUCAACGUCUACUCCACGUUGGUUCAACGUAAUUUCAUUGAAAUGAAGUGGAAACAACGUGGAGUCAACCAGUGUCAAAGAUCAGAGUUCCAGUUCCAGUAAAAAGAACCAGCAAAAAGACCUGGGAGUCAAAACCUUGUUCAGGAAACCACCUGGGAGCACAGAUUGCGGUGUGUAUCCUGUAAACAUGCCUGUAUCUGAGCCUUUGUCAAAGAUUGCAAUGUUAGCAUUUUGUGGCACAUAAUUCAUAUUUUUUCCCCUUAUUUUUGUCUGAGAGAAGACACUACUGUCAAAGCAAGCGGCCAUAGACAAAUCCACAGCCAUUGAGCUGGUCACACACACUGUCCCUCUGUCAUACCCCCAACACCCCAGGUUUCCAUGGUGUUUGUGGUUUCUGUGGUGUCGAUGGUUGCCAUGGCGUCUGUGGUUGCCAUUACAUUGUGGGUAGAAAUGUGUCACCUCAAUGCCGCUGUUCGGUCUCUCUCUAGUUGGGGCCUCCAGAGGGUUCUGAGUGUGGAGAAUGUGGGCUACCCCAGCGGGGUGCGCUCGGUAGGCAGGGUGGCCCAAGCCUUCCCUGACGGGACCCUCCUGCUGGAGCUCAGCAGAUCCCCCAACGGACCCUUCGGUUUCCACAUCUCCCGGGGCAAAGGACGACCCGACUCAGGUACACAAAAUGAGCCUUUUACACUGCAGUCAUUUACACUGGUGCUUGGCCUAAAGUAUAUUGUUUCCAUGACUGAGACCGGGGCCAAAAGCCUAGGGUUGGCCCUAGAUGGCCUACCCUGCUCUAACCCAGGGCCGUCUGGGGCCAUUUGGGGACUUGCUGUUUUGGUUGUCUUUCUAAUCUAGUGUUAUGUAAUGAUGUCCUGUUCAUUAGAAUGUCCCCCUUCUGUGUGCUCAAGGUGUGAGUGUUUUGUCGUUAACUUACUUCACUCGUGUCCUGCUGUUGGAUGUGUGUUUAGUGUUGUAUUCUGUGUUGGUGUGUAAUUAGUAAGAUGUAAUAAUACUGCUCCUAUACUUCUGCCUGUAGAUAUGUGUUAUAAAAAUAAGUGUGUGUGUGUGUAACCCUACCAGUAACAUGCUCCUGUCUGUUAUCCUGUCUGUCCUGUAGGUGUGUAUGUGGAGGAGAUGGAUGACAGCAGUACAGAGAAGAUGUACGCGGGGCUGCUGGGGGUGGGAGACGAGCUGCUGGAGGUGAACGGCGAGAAGGUGGCCGGACUCAGUCUGGACAUGGUGACACGCCUCAUGACCCAGGAGAACAUAGCCUCUGUCCGCGUGCUCCGACACAGGAGGCUUCCCCCUCGUCGCUAG